AGUAAGGACACUUGUCUGGUGAUUUACACAAUUACACUCCCCCUCUUCACAUGUAACCUUCCGUUACUGAUAUGCUUCAUUUUAAGUAAGUGCUCAUGAGCUCGCCUACUCCGCUUGUGCAGGAAAUUAAUUCUUGUAUAAACCAGUAAUAUCCUUCCCUCCACCAGAAACUGUUUUUUACAGCUAUUUCACUAAAUUGAAAGCAACAUUUUAUUUUUGCUGUAACACCGAGGGGAGAGAGAAAACAGCAGAACUGGUAUGAGAAUUGAUGAGAGCCAUGGCCAGGCUUAGACUGAACAUCUUCUUCAAAUGUAUUUUAGUGCUACGCAAUAUGUUGGCGCUAUAUAAAUACAUGUUAAUAAUAAUAAUAAUAACUCUUCUGACUUCAUUGGCAGAUAGUUUUACUGUUAUUGCCUCCCACACCCCAGUUAUUGUCACCCUGGGUAAGGAAGCAAACUUGAGCUGUCACCUGGACCCUGCAGUCAGUGCUAAAGACAUGAGAAUCAAAUUUUAUCAAAGAGACCCAAACUCCUAUGUUUCUGUGUAUAACAAGGGACAGACUGAACAUGAUAAUCAGGAUGAGAAGUAUAAGGACAGGACGGAGAUUCUGAAAGAGAACAUCACACGGGGAGAAGUUGGUGUGAGAAUAAAGAAUGUUAUGAUGUCAGACACAGGGAAAUACACCUGCCAAUUUGCUUAUGAAAAUAAUUACGAUAAGGCAAGACUGACACUGACGGUGGCUGCUGUUGGGAAAGAACCCGCCAUCCAUACUCAAGAAAACAAUGAAGCCCCAACUGGAUACAAGACUAGAACCUGUGAAUCUAGCGGCUGGUAUCCUGAGCCCAAGUUGCAGUGGUUGGACGGCAAUGGGAACAUACUGGAAUCUUAUGUUUCUAUAAAAUAUAUUGAUAACAUAACCCUGUACCAAGUAUCAUCUUCCAUAAAACAAGAUGACUGUUCCCCUGUGACCUGCCGGAUAAGUAAUGAGCUCCUGAAUGUAAAGCACCAGAACUCUGUUGAUGUAUCACACUGCUGGGAACCCUGGCAGAUUGCACUAUUAGUCACUGGGUGGUGCGUUGUUGCUGUUGCUUUCUUUGUUGCCUUGGUUCGGUGCAUCUAUAAGUACAUAUAGAAUAAACAAGACUUACAAAAAACCCCCAGGUGCAGUUGAAAUAAUAAAACCUCUAAAUGAAGCUGAAUGAUUUGUGGCCUAAGACGGAGGUCCUGUGAGUGUUACACUGAGGCCCUAAAUGAUGUCCCCAUCAAGAUUCACUCCACCCACAGGAUUAACUCUUCAUCCCUUUCAUAUCAGCCACAUAUAUGUAAUCCACAGGCUGCAUGGCUGAUUAGGAAUGUGCAACAAUGCAGCCAUAGCCGCCAUGCGACUUGGACUUCAAAUGAUGUUUAAUCGGCAUCUACAGAAGGAUCAGGGUUUUAUAUAUGGUCAGUGUGAAAGGAGUGAGGUGGAGGCCAUAGGUCAGACUGCUUCUGCACUAGCCACACCCACUGCGUUUUGUUUGUUGCGGUAUCAUUAUUUCAAUUUAUAACAUGUAGGGGCAGAUUUAUCAAUCGUCAAAUUUAUGUGAAUUUUUUUUACUCUAAUAAAUUCGAAUAUACUCAAUGGGAGGUUAUUUAAGAAAAAAC